UUCUAGUCCCCCCUCCCAAAAAAAGAAAAGAAAUGUAAAAGAAGAAAAAAGGAAGAAAACCCUGCUAAAAUUCACCACCAUAACCCAUGCCUUCUUUUCUCCUCUCCCGCUUGUACUAUUACUUUGCCUUCUACUCUCUCAAUCUCUAAUAGUAGUACCUAGAACUUAAACAAAUACCACCAGGGCCGGCCUCUCUAUUGAAUUCAUAUACUACUAUCUUCUUUUUUUUCUUUUGAAAAAAAAAAGAAAAAAAAUAAUUUAAUGGGGUGCGCCAACUCCAAGCUUGACGACUUGCCGGUGGUGGCUCUGUGCCGGGAUCGGUGUGCGUUUCUGGACGAGGCCAUCCGGCAGCGCUACAUCAUCUCCCAGGCUCACCUCCACUACUUCCACUCCCUUAAAACCGUCGGCGCUUCUCUUAACAGAUUCUUCGACCACCUUGAAGUCGCCUCCGCUGACCAACCUCCUUCUCCCCUCCUUAAUCUUCCCCCUGCUCACCGCAAAGCCCAUCCCCCUCAGCCUUCUUCCAAACUCCCCGCCCCUUCUUCUCCCCUCCCCCCAAAAGCCCACCGCCACUCUCACUCUAAUUCCGGCUCUCACAUAAACUUCCACUCCGACGGCGACGAUGACGAGGACGGCGACGACGCCGACCACCACCACCUCCACCACUUCAACGAUGACUCCUCUUCUUCUUCCGGCCCCUCCCCUCCCCUUCAUGAUCCCUACCGUCCCCAACCCGAAGCAUACCCACCACCGCCUGACACCCAGCACAGCGUCGACUUUGACUACCAGAGACUCUACCUGUCCUCCUCCGCCUCCCCCUACUAUCAUGGUGGCGAUCUCGGCGGCAACUUUCAGCACAUGAAUUUCAUGAGAAAGCAGUCCACGCCGUCGGUUACUUACCAGCAGCGACCCCUAAGUCCCGAAAUUGUACGCAUGGGCGGUGGUGUGGCUUCUACCUCUUCUUCCUCCCAUUAUCCUCCUCCCCCUUAUGGCCCCCAACAUGUUGAUCAAGCAAAUCCCAACUUUUACCCUACUUAUAUCAACUACUCCGAUAACCCCGGCGGAUCCGCCGGCUUUCUGGGAUCGGCGGCUCCCUAUUAUGCUUCUUCGUCGUCGGCGGCGCUUCCGAUUGGGGCCUACUCCUCCUCGGCUUCUACCUCUAAAGAACCACCUCCUCCGCCUUCUCCUCCGAGGGCUUCAGCUUGGGAGUUCUUUAACCUAUUUGAGGGUUCCGACAAGUACUAUCCCCAGUACACGCCCAGCCGCGAUUGGAGGGAGGUCAGGGAAGAGGAGGGCAUCCCUGAUUUGGAAGAAGAAGAUUAUCAGCAAGAGGUUGUGAAGGAAGUUCAUGGCAAUCAGAAGUUUGUCGAUGGCGGCCGCGGCGGCGGCGGCAGAAUUAGUGGUGGCGGUAAGGCGACCCUGGAGGAUGAGGGCGACGGGGAAGGGGAACACUCGGAGGCUCUGUAUCGGCCAAGGCCCAGCACUGGUAUGGAGAGUGAUGCGGCGGAGUAUGAGGUGCAUGUGGUGGAUAAGAAAGUGGUUGAUGAUGAUGAGGAGAGGGCAAAUGUCGCUGGCUUCAAGAAUCGAGUUGGCGGUCGGUUCAAAGGAGGUUCUGAGGUCGUGAGAGAAAUUCAAAUCCAAUUUGAGAGGGCUUCUGAGUCGGGAAAUGAGCUUGCUAAGAUACUCGAGGUUGGGAAGCUUCCACAUAAUCGUAAACAUGCUGCUUAUCAAGUUCCUUCCAAAAUGUUGCACGCAAUUGCCCCUUCUCUCUCAGUAGUAUCCUCGCAGCCUUCUACUUCAAAAGGUGCUGAUAAUGAGAAUGCUGAUUCGACUUCUCUGGAUGCUGAAGGGGAACUGAAUUUGAAGCCAAAAAAUCUUUCUUCUACCCUGCAGAAGCUGUAUCUUUGGGAGAAGAAACUCUAUGAAGAAGUUAAGGUUGAAGAAAAAAUGAGGAUUCUCCAUGAAAGGAAGUGUCGGAAACUGAAACGAUUAGAUGAAAGGGGUGCUGAGGCCCACAAGGUUGAUGCAACAAGAGCAAUGGUAGAGUCUUUGUCCACAAAAAUCAGAAUUGCAAUCCAGGUUGUUGAUAAGAUCUCUGUGAAGAUAAGUAGAUUGAGGGAUGAAGAGUUGUGGCCACAACUACAUGAGUUAAUUCAAGGGUUGGCAAGAAUGUGGAAAUCCAUGCUUGAGUGCCAUCAUAACCAAUGCCAAGCAAUUUUAGAAGCCAAACAUUUGGAUGGCAUUGCAUCUCACAAACAUUCUAGCGAGGCUCAUAUUGAAGUUGCUUUGCAGCUUGAACAUGAAUUUAUUAGUUGGGCAGUAGGAUUCUCAAAGUGGAUUGGUGCCCUGAAGCAUUUUGUUAGGGCAUUAAAUAACUGGCUCAUGAAAUGUCUUCUAUAUGUGCCUGAAGAAACGCCUGAUGGUAUGGUUCCAUUUUCUCCUGGUAGGAUAGGUGCUCCCCCUGUUUUUGUCAUAUUUAACCAAUGGAAUCAAGCAUUUGAUAGAGUUUCUGAGAAGGAAGUUGUUGGCACUAUGAGAGAUUUUGCCGCGAGUGUCCAUCCCUGGGAAUGGGAUAAAGUUGAAGUGCGGCAGAGGAUGACCGCAAACAAGGAAACAGAGAGGAAAAUGAAGAACCUUGAGAGGGAUGACCAGAGGUUACAGAAGGAGAUGCAGACCUUAGAUAAAGUUAUGGUUGUUGGAGAUGGUAAUGGUCUCUCACCAACUGGGCAAGUUGUGUAUCAGAGUGACACGAGUAAAAGUAGUAGUCUUCAGGUGGGUCUUCAACGUAUUUUCGAGGCCAUGGAGAGAUUCACGGCUAACUCCUUGAAAGUCCAUGAGGAGCUUCUGCAGCGCAUUGAAGAGGUUCUUGCUCGAGAGCCUGAGAAAGUUUUGUAGGGGGAUGCAUGCAUAACUUCCUUCCCAAACAAAGAACUCGUUGGGCAAUUGGUCAUACGGGUUGCCCUCUGGUGAGAGAGAAUUGAAGUUUCUGGGCGUUUUGUUGGAGCUUAACUGUCGAGGCUCUCAUCCAUUUAAGGGCGGGCAUGGGUAAUGGUAUAUGAAUUUCCAGGAGAGGGGCAAGUUUUUGGCUAUAUUCCAUGGAAUAGCAUUCCCGGUGCUCUUUUUUUUUUUCUUGGUUAAUUUUUCUUUUCAACAAGGAAAGAUGAAAGUGGAUGCACGAGGCCAACUUGGGUGGUUAUGAAUCUGCCAAAGCUGGUGCGGCAAUGAAUAGUAGAUACGCAUUGAGGAAUUGGAUAAAUAAUGAGGAUAAGAAAUGGGGGGCUUUCCAAGAGGAGUCUGGCAGGCAGACGUGUGUAUCUGUCCGGUGACUGCUGUUCUUGUCGGGAGGUCCCUUUCUCUUGAUACAAUGCCAGCCAAAGGUGGAGGUUUGGUGGCCGGAGCUGCAACCGGAAAUUGUUUCAUUUGUUGGGAGUUCGGAAAACCUGUAAUAAUACUUUGAACUUGAAAUCAGGAUUUGAGGUUGAUGCGUGCAGUGGCUGGCUGUUUUGGCGACGCAAGUCAUGAAAUAAUAGCCAGGAUACGACGGACAGGUCUUUGUAUUAUUAAAAUUUUUUUUGACAUAAUAGGUCAGGAUCAGGUCAUGUAUAGUUAGAUAUGUUCUUGUUUUCUUGACCUUGUCGAUGACACCACUAUAAUUAAUUGUUGUACAAAAGCUUCUUUUUUUUUUUUUGGGUUUUGUUUUCUGGUAGGUGAUUAGUAAGGCAAUCAAGUUUUGUAGUCCUAGUCGAGUUUUUGCGGUCGGGGGGCAUAGCUUCUUGUCUUGUUUUGUUUUGAGAAGAAUGAGAAUAUAUGUGUCAUUGGAAGUAGGGAAGAAUUGUACUAA